AUGGCCCGCAGGCAGGCGCGGCCGGCGGGCGGCGGGCGCUGGCUGCCCUGGCUGGGGCUCGCCCUGCUGCCGCUGGCCGUGCCCCCCGCCGCCGCCCCCGCCGCCUGCCCCUCCGCCUGCUACUGCGUGGCCACCCCGGAGCUGGUGCAGUGCCGCUACGAGAGGCUGGAGGAGCCGCCCAGGGAGCUGCCGGCCGCCGUGCACAACCUCAGCAUCGCCGGCAGCAACCUGAGCGUGCUGUCCCGCGCCGCCUUCGCCGCCCGCCCGCUGCGCGACCUCCGCCUGCUCCGCCUGCGCCACGACAACAUCCGCACCAUCGAGGACAUGGCGCUGCAGGGCCUGCCCGCCCUGCGCACCCUCGACCUGAGCCACAACCCGCUGCUCUCGGUGGCCGCCGGCGCCUUCGCCGGGGUGCCGCUGCUGCGCACGCUGCAGCUGAACCAGGCGCUGCUGGCGGCCCCGCUGGAGGAGCAGCUCGCCCUGGCCAUGCGCAACCUCAGCCUGCGGCGCCUGGAGCUGGCGGGCAACGCGCUGCAGGCGCUGCCGGCCGCCCUGCUGCCGCCCGGCCUGGAGGAGCUGGACCUGCGGAACAACUCGCUGCGGCGGCUGGCGGCCGCCGAGCUGCGCAGCCUGGACGCGCCGGAGCUGCGGGGGCUGCGCCUGAGCCUGGCCUCCAACCCGCUGAGCUGCGACUGCGGCCUGCGCCCCUUCGUGGCCUGGCUGCGCGCCGCCGCCGCCCGCGUGCUCGACGCGCGGAGCCUGCGCUGCGCGGGGCCGCCGGGGCUGCGCGGCACGGCGCUGCUGCGCCUGCGCCCCGAGGCGCUGGCCUGCGCCCGCAGCGAGGGCGGCGAGCCCGGCGAGCUGGAGACCGCCUCCUACGUGUUCUUCGGCAUCGUGCUGGCGCUCAUCGGCGUCGUGUUCCUCAUGGUGCUCUACCUGAACCGCCGCGGCAUCAAGCGCUGGCUGCACAACCUGCGCGAGGCGUGCCGCGACCAGAUGGAGGGCUACCACUACCGCUACGAGCAGGACGCCGAGCCGCGCUGCGCCGGCACGCCCGGCCUCUGACGGCGCCCCCCGGCCCGGCGGCCGCUCCGCGGGGACGGCCCCAGCGCGGCUCCCGCAGCCCGCGGCCUCUCCCAGCCCGCGGGGC